AAAAAUGCUACCAAAGUCUAAGGAAGAUGUUGACCGAAUGUUUGCCAUCUUUUCAAAAACAAAUAUCAAUACUGUUUCGAGUCCAUCAUCUUCUCCUGAUAGGGUGAUUUCUAGCGACAGCGUUGAUAUUAAGAAAGAAAUUGGGAUAGGUUUAUUUGGUGUUGUUAAACAAGGAGUUUGGACCAAUGAACAUGAUAUUAAGGUCCAAGUUGCUGUGAAGUGUUUGAACAAGGAAAUGAUUCCCAACAGUUCUGCAGACUUUCUUAAAGAAAUAAACGUUCAGUACUCUCUGAAUAAUGAACAUGUUGUGCGCUUGUAUGGUGUGAUCAUUGACACUCACUCUUUAAUGAUGGUUACAGAGCUAGCUCCACAAAGGUCACUACUAGAGUGUUUGAGGGAACCAGUUUUUCAGCGGAGUUUUUCAGUUCCUACUUUAUGCUAUUUUAGUCAACAGAUCUGUGAUGCGAUGAAAUACUUAGAAAGUAAAAAUCUUGUACACCAAGAGUUAGCUGCUCGAAAUGUGUUGGUAUUUGGAAAAAACAAGGUGAAAGUCAGUGAUUUUGGGUUAUCUCGAGCCAUGGGAAUCGGCAAAGACUUUUUCACAGCAACCAGUAAUGGAAACUAUAAACAACGUAUUCCAUGGUAUUCUCCCGAAGCUGUGAAAUCGUGGACAUUUAGUUCAGCAUGUGAUGUGUGGGCUUUUGGUGUUACUUUAUGGGAAAUGUUUAGUUAUGGAGAAGAACCAUGGCCAGGGUUUACGUGGAACCAGAUACUCGAUGCCAUUGAUGCACCUAAUUAUAAGCGACUAGAGCAGCCAAGCCACUGCCCUAAGGCAUACUUCUCACUCAUGCUUAAGUGCUGGGAACAUGAACCUGCUGACAGACCAUCUUUUGCUGAUUUGUAUCAAAUUAUAUUAAAAUCAAAAACGGAGCAAGUGAGGGUUGUGAAAGGACCUACUGAACCCGAGUCAGGCAAGACUUCAAAAGUUUGGUUGAAGUACAAGUUAGAAGAUGUCAUUACGAUUUUAGACCGAAGGCCAUUACCAAACUGUUACAAUGUAUGUAAAGGUGUAUUGAGUAAUGGAGAGGUGGGCCUCUUUCACCCAGAUGACACAGUUCCUUUCGAUGGCCAAAAUACUUCAUCUUCUCCACGCAGCUUUAGUAUUGGUGAUGGAAGAAGUGGAGUGAGACGCAGAUUCACACCAGACAUGAUUUCACGACCUCAAGGAGAUCUUAAACACACUGUUCAUGUUGGAGUGGAUGGUACUUUUUUUGGAGACAUUUCAUUCCUUGGAAAUAAAUACAGUCAACUUCCAAAACGGAUGUCAAAAUAUCAAAGUUCUGCAACAGAUGAAGUGGAUGGUGAGUCAUCUCCAAAAAAAAGUCAGCUUAAUGAGUCAUCUACUAAAAACUCCAGUCUCAUUGAAGUACUUGAAAGUCGAAGUAAAGAUAAGGAAAUCGGCGAUGUCUCUUCACUUGAUGAAAAUUUCGAUUUUGAAGCUCCAGACUUAGGCCCAUCAUUGAUGGAUGAAUUUUUGAAGGCUCUGGGCUGUACAAAUUCUGAAGAACUUUUUGACUGUAAUUUGGAUGGUGCAGCAGGACGUAACAAUAUUUUUGAGAGCUUGGAUGAAACCAGUCACAAUUCAAAUGUGGAUGUUUUAUCUUUAGAUGUAGAUACAGUAGAGUUGCCUAAAGCUGCAAAUAGAAACAAAAUUAACGAUAGUAUGUUUGGAAGAGAAAGUAAGAGGAGCAACUCCUUGAAGGAACAGCAAAGUAUAAAAAAGGAGUUAAAACUGAGAACUAUUUCAGCUUCAGAUGCAGAGUCUUUAGAAUCAGCCAUAGCCAUGGCCAAGAAACUAGCUGAAGAAAGUACAUUUGGCAUUGAUUCUGACCCUCAAGAUCCUGUCAAUCAAGAGAGUCCCAAAUCUCCAAUCUCACCUGUGAAAAAGAAGUUUUCUUUUAGGCUCAAAAUUAGUCCUAAAGCUGAAAAAAGGAAUUUCAGUUCUGAAACUGAAUGUAUUCAAGAUUUGAAAUUAAGUGAUGAAGCUCAGGAUGUAUACCAUUCUGUUGUUGAUAAUGGACAAGGGAUAAAACCCAGUGGACCCACUUCUUCCAGCCCCAUCUUUGAACCAGUUGCAACCCAGCCACAAGUGUCUGCCAUUUGUCAUCAGUCUACUGUAACCAUUCAAGAUAAUCAUCGCCAUUAUCAGUCUCAGAACAGAGACAAUCAGUUGGCAUCAAGACUCUCCAAAAAUAAAGAUACGUCAAAUUUGGAAGAAACGCCAGAGUCCAACCCACUAAGAAUGCUUCGAAAAGGAGGUCUUGUCCAGCCAAAAGUGCGUGGCAAUAAACACCAAAGUACUCCCAUUCCAUCCAAAGGAACAACGUCACGUUCAUUUGUGGGUUCCAGGUCUAUGGCCAGUGCACACGAUGAGCAAUGCAGCACAUUAUCAGUUUCCCCUCCUCUUCCUCCUGUCAGGUCCACGAUGCCAUCCUCACCAGCAUCUAGUACAUUACCAAAGCCACAGAGACACAAUUCUUGUUUGGAUGAACAAAGAGAAACCAAAGCCAAUAGCUCUCCUGCUAGCAGUUACUCUGAAAAAAAAACAAAGUUUCCAUCCAAUGAAGGUCCACCAUUACCCCUUCCAAGAUCAGGAAUCAGUAUUUCAUCCCUUUCUAGACUGCAUCAGCGCAAGCAUCCUCUUAUUGCCAAUGAAGAAAAUGAAACGAAACCAUUGACCUCCUUAUCUAAACAGCAAUCACUUACAGAAGUUUCCAGAUCAAGAAAUGACAACUUUUCACAUGGUAAACCUAAUAAAGAUUGUGAUAAGAGCUUUAACACAAUGACUGAGAGUGCAUUAGCUGAUCCAAAAGAUGAGUCUACUCCUACCACACCAGAACCUUUGAAGACUUCAAGGACCUAUAGCACCUCCGACAGUCUAUCAAAUACAUCUGGAGACUCUUCACCAGUGGAAGUUCAAAGGACAGAUAAGCAUGUAAGCUGUGAAGAUUUGAUGGGAUUUGCUCUUGACAAACCAAAUGCUAAGAGAACACAAGGACGAGCCAGAGGAUCUGAUUCAGAUGAAGUGCAUAUCAUGCAGAAGGUUUUAAAAGACAAAAAUGUGACACCUGAAGAGUGCGUUGUAGCCCUUGAUGAGACGGAGUGGGACGUACAUAAAGCUGUAAAGUUUCUGCAGCUGAAGCGGACUGUUAAUAUUCACACCCUUAAAGCAGAAGACCUUAAACAGACACUUGCUCGUCUCAACUGGAAUGUUCGAAAAGCAGCAGAUUUCUUACUGGCCCAGUGCAUGACGGAAGAAGAAGCAUCACUACACUUUUGAGGCAUGUCAAUUGAAGCAAUGCAUUUGCAUAUUGAAUAUUGUGACAUCAAAAAGUUCGUUUCACAGAGUUGGUGAAUUGAAUCAUGGAGUUUUAGCAGGAGACGAAAAGACCAUAAAUUUGUUUUUAUUGUUAAGACAAGAAGUUAAACAGGAAAGGUGACUUUUUAA